AUGUAUGUGAAAUGGUUUGAUACAGUAAUGUUUUAGUAUGUGAUUUUAGUGAAUGUCACUUUUUGUCAUUUUCAAAUUUCCCGCCGUUCCGUCGCCAUACGUCCCGACGCUCGCAGGGGACGGAACCCAGAAGACAGAUGCCGGCAUCCGCCGGAUUACAUUGCCGGGGACACUGCAGGAGGGACAUCGUGGGAGCACAGGACAAGGUAAGUGAUAGAGAGAUCCCUGGCGGUAUUCACGAGUGUAGCUCGGGAUUAACUUUCAGUACCAGAAGUGGUAACCCCAAGCUACACUCGGGAUUA